AUGGCAUAUGCAAACCCUAGGGCGGCGCACCAAUUUGUGAGCGACGUCAGUAACGUGCUGCACCUGAAAAUUCGGGGCCGUGGUAAUGAUCCUGAGGAAACUGCGGACACGAACACUGUCUGUGUCACAACCGACACUGUGACAGUCUCAGUCACCGUGAACGCACCUGUCGAGCUGGCUAUCACCGCAGAGCCGAUGCUUGUGUAG